AAGCGUGGGGAGGAGGCCUGGGGCGAGCUGGCUUCCUCCGCGGCGCGGACCGGCGGGUGGACCGGCGCGAUCGGUGCGAUCGGGAGGCGGCGGAGGCUCCCGUCGGCCUCCGGCAGGACUGACCGCGGAGGCGCCGCAGACGGGUUAGAUUUGCAGAAGAAAGGGAGCCCGCUGAAGACCUGCAGGCUGGGAGCCAGGCAGGGUUCCACCCUGUUGCUUUUUCCAGUGAAUAAGAAAAACUGGAUAAUAUUCUUCUCAGUGUCCUUUAGGAAAAGGACCUUGUUUCUGGGAAGUGCCAUAGACUGAAAAGCAAAAAUGAGGGUAGCAGGAGCUGCAAAGUUGGUGGUGGCUGUGGCAGUAUUUUUACUGACAUUCUAUGUUAUUUCUCAAGUGUUUGAAAUUAAAAUGGAUGCAAGCUUAGGAAAUCUAUUUGCUCGAUCAGCGCUGGACUCAGCCACUCGUGCUACAAAGCCUCCCAGGUACAAAUGUGGGAUCUCAAAAGCGUGCCCAGAGAAGCAUUUUGCUUUUAAAAUGGCUAGUGGAGCAGCCAAUGUGGUGGGACCCAAGAUUUGCCUGGAAGACAAUGUUUUGAUGAGUGGUGUGAAGAAUAACGUUGGAAGAGGAAUAAAUGUUGCCUUGGUAAACGGGAAAACGGGGGAGGUAUUAGACACCAAAUAUUUUGACAUGUGGGGAGGAGAUGUGGCACCGUUCAUUGAGUUUCUGAAGACCAUACAGGACGGGACAGUAGUAUUAAUGGCAACAUAUGACGAUGGAGCAACCAAACUCACGGAUGAGGCGCGGCGGCUGAUUGCUGAGCUGGGGAGCACUUCCAUCACCAGCCUCGGUUUCCGAGAUAACUGGGUGUUUGGUGGCGGGAAGGGCAUUAAGACAAAAAGCCCCUUCGAACAGCACAUAAAGAACAAUAAGGACACGAACAAGUACGAAGGAUGGCCUGAGGUGGUCGAGAUGGAAGGGUGCAUCCCCCAGAAGCAAGACUGAGUGGCCCGGGAAGAGCAGAGGAACGCACUUUGACUUUGAAGAAGACCUGUAGAGCAGCCGC